CGUAUAUAAGGCCCCUGUGCAUGGAGUGUAACAAAAAAACGAAAUAUAUGCCUUGCGCCAAGUGUAAUCAUCUGAUGGGUUCUUCUCGUGCGUACGACGGAGAGAAGUUCUACCACAAGUUCUGCUACUUCCAGGACCACCCUGACGAUGAAGUGGACGAACACAAUUUGCGCCUGUCGGAGAUGCAAAUGAACGAAGAUGUGGCUGCUCAUGAGCGGGAAGAGUCCCUGAUUCGAUCGUUCCAAGAGAAGGAGGAAGAAGAGAAGCUGCAAAAGCAGAGAGAGGAGGAGGAAGAGCGGUUGAGGAAACAGAGAGAGAAGGAGGAAGAGGAAGAGAGAGCGAGGAGAGCGAAGGAGGAAGAGGAGGAGAGGAAGAGAAGAGAAAGAGAAGAGGAGGAGGAGAGAAAGAGAAGAGAGAAGGAAGAGGAAGAAGAGCGAAAGAGAAGAGAAAAGGAGGAAGAGGAAGAAAGAAAGAGAAGAGAGAAGGAGGAAGAGGAAGAGCGACGGAAGGCGGAGGAAGCGGAACGCAAGCAGAUCGCCGAGGAGCAAGCGAAGCGUUGGGAGGAGCUUUCGCAGCGCCGCGAGCGUCGUGAGAAGCGCCAGGAGGAAGAGAAGAAAGCGGCGAAGCUGAGGGCAGAGCGCCGAGAGGCAGAGCGACAGAAGCACAAAGAGGAGAGAGAGCGCAACAUGAAGCUGCGCGAGACGCGCAGACAGGAGCGGAAGGAGCGCGAGGCGGAGCGCAAGCAGGCCGAAGAGAAGCUUCGUCAGGAGCGAGAAGAGGAGCGUCGCCGUCGCAGCGAGAACCGUCCGGACCGCCCCGCUCGCGAGAUGCUGGAGGAGUACCGCACCAAGGAUCGCUGGGUGGAUUUCGCGGAGUCGGAGGACGAGGUCGAUCUGCCCACGGAGAAGAAGGCGCAGCCGGAGUUCCGCCAGCCGUCGUUGCCGCCGGCGCCGCCAUCGGAGAGCACGACAAAGAACACGCGGGUGGUGUCGGUGACGGACAUGCUGCGAACCAGCUACAUGCCGACGCGACAGACCACGGUGGAGGAGUACCAGGAUCAGGGCGAUGUGGCGAAGUCCACCGUGUUCGCGUACCCGCAGUACGGAGACUAUCGAAAGAAGAACCGAGAGAGCAUCGAGGGAACCUUGCACAGCGAGAGCGGAGACCGGAGACCGGAGGCCAUCAACGAGGUGGACGAGGAGGAGGAUGCUCUGAAUGCCAAGCCAGAAGAGGUGGAGGACGAGAAUACCAAGCCAGAAGAGGAGGAGGACGCUCUGAAUGCCAAGCCAGAAGAGGCGGAGACUGGAGACAAAGCGGACGGCAGACCGGACGAAAUCGCGCUGGAGAGCAGCUCGGACGACCUGAACACCACGCUGUCGACAUCGAUGCUCAACGCGAUUCCCAACACUGCCAUCUCGUCGGGCGAUGCCCCCAAGCCGGAAGGCGUCAUGGGCAUGCGCGGAGAGGACGAGGAGGAGAAGCAAAACGAAGCGGACCUGCCGCAGGAAAAGGUCCUGAGCUAUAAUGUGGACACGGCGUAUCUGAAGGAACAGGAGCGCGUGUCGAAGCUGCCUGUCGAAGAGCUUAAAAGUUACAGUCUUCAGGUUUUAACGACGAUGCCUUAUCCUGCGGACGUGGAUCCGAAGAGACGAGAGUAUCACCUCUCGGAUAGUGACUUUGAGUUAGUGUUCAAGAUGUCCAAGAAGGUCUAUCAGACACUUCCUCAAUGGAAAAGAAACCAACUGCGUAAGUCGUAUGGUCUAUUCUAAUUGUAAUGAGUUGCUUGUUAAUAUUUC